AUGGGUGCCGUCGUUUCAUGCAUCGCGGGCGUCUUCCGCUCUAUCGGCGCUUGCCUCAUGGCCAUUGUCAACGCCAUCGGUUCUGUUCUCCACGCUAUCAUCAGCGGCAUCGUCACCGUCUUCGAUGUCCUCAUCUCUUGUCUGACCUGCGGUUACUGUGGGGGGAGAGGUGGUGGCCGUCGUCGUAGGGCGGCGGUCUGA